AGACUUCAUACCUAUGACAUUCAUUUGGGCCCGGUUUCUAUCAUCCUCCCACUUUGACUCUUUUGUGUGACAGACUACACUGAAACGGCAUAAACCCCUACUUUUGGGUUUGGGUUGUACUGUACCCUCCAAUUGAAAUUUUACAAGUCCAAAGAACAUAAAGAUGUACUCACUUUGAAGAAGAUCAUCCCCAAAUUGGUGUUGCAGUUUAUUGUGGAGCAGAUUCCGAAACCAUUGGGUAAAAAUGGGAGAGCAGCUGCAACAAGAAAACGCCGACAUCCAAGUCGAAGAAGUCAUGGAGGAACAGCCAACGGCCGAGAGCCAAUCGGAGUAUUAUUCUUGGCCGCCAGCAAUCCGUUUUGACAUUCCUCCUUACAAAACCUACCAUUUUUACCGGCACUUCAGAGCCUCAUCUAACCCUAAUAACUUCCUCAAGGGCGUCAAAUGGUCGCCGGACGGUUCGUGCUUUUUGACGAGCUCUGAUGAUAAUACUCUUAGCGUAUUCACACUACCAGAUUUUGAAAACCGUACAGAUGAAAAUGUUUGUUCUUCAGCUGCUAUUGAAGAUUCGUUUUCUGCAAACCUUGCUAUUACUGACGGAGAAGCCAUAUAUGAUUACUGUUGGUACCCCUACAUGUCUGCUUCAGAUCCGGUCUCUUGUGUGUUCGCGACUACCACGCGGGAUCACCCUAUUCAUCUCUGGGAUACGAGCACGGGCCAGCUACGCUGCACAUAUAGGGCGUAUGAUAACAUGGAUGAAAUAACAGCUGCGUUUUCAAUCGGUUUCAACCCCACAGGAACUAAGAUAUUUGCGGGUUACAACAAAUCCAUCAGGAUAUUCGAUAUUCAUCGCCCGGGUAGAGAGUUUGAACAACGUUCAACUAUUCAAGGAAAUAAGGAAGGCCAAACAGGUAUCAUAUCUUCGAUCGCUUUUUCUCCAAGUCAUACGGGGAUGCUCGCUACAGGGUCAUACAGCCAAACUACAGCAAUACACCGGGAAGAUAAUAUGGAACAAUUGUAUGUGCUACAUGGUCAAGAAGGUGGGGUCACACAUGUUCAAUUCUCCAAAGAUGGAAACUACCUUUAUACAGGUGGCCGAAAGGAUCCGUAUAUAUUAUGCUGGGAUAUACGCAAGACUGUUGACAUUGUAUACAAGUUAUAUAGGUCAACGGAGACCACCAAUCAACGGAUACAGUUUGACAUUGAGCCCUAUGGUCGGCAUCUUGGUACCGGCGGACAGGAUGGUUUGGUACAUAUAUAUGAUCUUCAAACAGGUCAAUGGGUCUCGAGCUUUCAAGCUGCAUCAGAUACCGUGAGUGGUUUUUCUUUCCAUCCGUUUUUGCCAAUGGCUGCCACUGCAUCAGGACACAGGCGAUUUGGAGCCCUUGAUGACUCUGAUGGUGAUUUGAGUUUGACUUUACGAGAUGAUGAAAAUUGUGCUUCCGUUUGGAGUUUCUCUGUUUAUUCAGCUGAGGAUUAUGCAGCAAACUCCGAACAUGUUGACUUGGAACAGUCAGUUGAUCAAGAAAACACGGUCCAAGACCCCUGACCUACAUUCUUCUAUUCAGGCCAUUUUUUCCGUAUUAGCAAAAAUCCAUAUUUUUGGGACUGUAAAGAGUUAAAAGAGUAUCGUGUGGAAUGAAUGCCGCAAGUUUUGUAGGAAAACGUAUGUUGGAGUUGGUCUUUUUGGGAAAGUGUUGUAAUGCUUUAUCUUAAUUACUUCAUUCAAGUGAGACUUUUAACUAUUGAUCUCAAUUGUUGUUAGGUGUAGUUUUUAUUCAUCAA